ACGACAAACCCAUUACAGUACCAGGCUUGUACCCAUUCAUUCAUACUAUAUAACUAUCAAUAUUUUCUUGAUUAUCUUGCCCCAUUUAAACCCUAAAUAAACCCAGCUCAAAUUAUUGUAAAUCCCAGUUGAAGUGUCACCAUUUUCGAUUCUUGGUCGAAACACAUGGCUGAUCGACAGCAAACUCCAGAAUCACAGAUGCAAUCUCCUGCUUCAAGGGAUGACAUGAUUGCCUGUGUGAUGGCAUUAGAGGCUGCUUUGCUUCCCUGCUUGCCUGCAAGAGAGCUCCAGGCAAUUGACCGUUCAGCCCAUCCUUAUCAUCAGAUUGAUGUUGAGAGGCAUGCCAGAGAUUUCAUGGAGGCAGCAAAAAAGCUUCAACUUUAUUUGAUUGGGUUGCAACGCGAGGAUUUGCCUUCCAAGCCAGAUAUGCUUAGAAAGGAUAUUGCAAAAAUGGAACAAGAGUUGAAAACAAAAACGGAGCUUAUAAGCAAGCAGGAGAGACUGAUCCAAGAAUGGAGGAAGGAGUUGAAGGACCAAUUAGACAAACACAACAUGGAGUUGGAAAGGGUGUAAACUACUGCAGAUCUAUGUUGAUGUAAACAACUGUACAAAUUUUUCUUCUUUUGCGAGGUCCAGUUUUAUUAUUUUCUGUUGCUCACACAUCUCGUAGCAUUCUGUAUUUGAAGGUGGUAGAAGAUAACGAGCUCACUACAGAGAUGACUUGUUGCUACUUUUUUUUAAAUGAGAAUACUUGUCCCUGUACUGUUCUCAACAGCGAUGUGAAUUCCCGUGCAUCUGAUUUUGUGGAUGGAAAGAACUUUGUUGAGCUUUGUGUAUACUAUUAGAAGAGGUUCAGUUUGAUUGAA